GAUCAUGGAUGUUGGAUGGAUCUCCUCUCUGGCCCUGCAGCUGCAGUAGUAGUUAAAGCGUAUGUCAUCAUCGUGUCUCCUUCCUUCGUUCCUUCUUCUGGUCCAUAUAUACAUGUAUGUGGAAUUGUGAUUAAGCAUCAAUGCAUCAUCAUGUACCCCUCCAAGUCGACUGACGGCCGGAACUCCUGGUCUGCCCCGCAGCAAGCAGCACGAACAUACGGUGUUAAUAACAGAGAAGCGGCCGAGGGCGUGGGGGCGGGGUGGGGCUCCGACUAUAGCAAUCAGCAGCCGCAGCAAUAUUAUUUGUAUGGCGAUGAGCCGCCUGCUAAUCCAGAUGACCCUAAUAAGAAGCUCGAAGCAAGGGGUCCUUGGUCUUCGGGCCUCUGCGCCUGCUUGGACGACGUCCCUAACUGCUGCAUAACCUGCUGGUGCCCGUGCAUCACUUUUGGACGGAUCGCAGAGAUUGUCGACAGAGGCUCUAACUCAUGUGGGAUAAGUGGAGCUCUGUAUACGUUAAUAGCGUGCGUGACGUGUUGUCCCUGCUGCUUCUCCUGCUUCUACCGGUCAAAGAUGAGGCAGCAAUUCGGUCUGCGCGCUGCCCCUUGCGGGGAUUGCCCCGUCCACUGCUUCUGCGAGCACUGCGCCCUUUGCCAAGAAUACCGUGAGCUCCGCAACCAAGGAUUCAACUUGCCUCUUGGAUGGCACGGAAACAUGGAGAAACAGAAACAAGGGGGAGGAUUGGAAACUGCCCCAGUCGUUGAAGAAGGGAUGAGCAGAGAGCUAGUCAAAAUCAAGCACGAAGGUUGACUCUUGGCUUCGGCCUGCCGCCUGCCUUGGUUGUGAUACAUAAUCCAAUCCAAUGCAUGAUCCGAGCGAGCUCAGACUCGUGAGCUAGCAACCUAGCCAUAUACGUGGUAUAAUUUGUCAGUUAGAAUUAUAGAUUAUUAGCAUAUAUGGAGAAUAAUUAAUUAGUACUGGAUCUGCCACCAAACUAAAACCUGUUUCACUUAUUUACAAUUGGUUUUGGUUAGAAAAAUGCUUCCUCUUUGGUUA